GUCCAAAACGGCCACACUGCAUCACCAGUUUCGUGCAACUUUUUGUACGCAAAUAAGAAAAACAUUAAAUUUGCUCUCAGCAAAUCGAUAAUUGCAAACGCAGUGCCGUUUCAAUUGCAGCAGAAACCACAACGAAAAUGUUGGCGACCGAGGCGAGACAGAUCCUGAGCCGCGUGGGAUCCCUGGUGGCCAGGAACCAGAUGCGAGCCAUCAGCAAUGGCACCGCCCAGCUGGAGCAGCAGGCGCAGCCCAAGGAGGCCCAGGAGCCGCAGAUAAAGAAGUUCGAGAUCUACCGCUGGAACCCGGACAACGCCGGCGAGAAGCCGUACAUGCAGACCUAUGAGGUGGACCUGCGCGAGUGCGGCCCCAUGGUGCUGGACGCGCUGAUCAAGAUCAAGAACGAGAUGGACCCCACACUUACCUUCAGGCGCUCCUGCCGCGAGGGCAUCUGCGGUUCCUGCGCCAUGAACAUAGGCGGCACCAACACGCUGGCCUGCAUCAGCAAGAUCGACAUCAACACCUCCAAGUCGCUAAAGGUGUACCCGCUGCCCCACAUGUACGUGGUGCGCGACCUGGUCCCGGACAUGAACAACUUCUACGAGCAGUACCGCAACAUCCAGCCCUGGCUGCAGCGCAAGAACGAGGCGGGCGAGAAGAAGGGCAAGGCCCAGUACCUGCAGUCCGUCGAGGACCGCUCCAAGUUGGACGGCCUGUACGAGUGCAUCCUGUGCGCCUGCUGCUCCACCUCGUGCCCCUCGUACUGGUGGAACGCCGAGAAGUACCUGGGCCCCGCCGUGCUGAUGCAGGCCUACCGCUGGAUCAUCGACUCGCGUGACGAGAACUCCGCCGAGCGUCUGAACAAGUUGAAGGACCCCUUCAGCGUCUACCGGUGCCACACGAUCAUGAACUGCACGCGCACCUGCCCCAAGGGCCUCAAUCCCGGCCGGGCCAUCGCUGAGAUCAAGAAGCUGCUUUCGGGCCUGGCCUCCAAGCCGGCUCCGAAGCUGGAGACGGCGGCGCUGCACAAGUAGGGCCCACGUCCUCUACUCCCAGUUCGUCCCCUGCUGUCCUUAACCAGUGAGCUAAGCCUCCGAAAAUGUGUAUUGGAGACUCCUCCAGCCAACAUGCUUACUAUGUUAUAAUUUAUUUAAGCCUAAAGUAUCCGAUACUUGUUAUUACAGUUUGUAAAGGGAACAAGACGCGAAAAUAAAUAAUUGUGUAUCCACCA